AUGGAUUAUGUCAGAACCCUCGUUCUUCGCCGCAGGCCAGAAGAAACGCAGGCUCUGGGUACGAGAUUGCUUUGGACGAAGAAAACAGAAUCGUGCACAGUGAACUUCGCAGGUCUUGCUCAAGGUUUAGUCGCUACUAAGGAAUCAUUUCAGCCUAAGGGUGUCUACUAACGUUCCUCGGAUUCAUUUCCCCAAUCUUAUGGACUUUGUUGGUUGGCAUGGCACAUUUGUACUUGUUACUAUUGUUAUCUUCGAUCUGCUAUUGUCUUCUCUCGGCGGUGACGUAUCUUGUCCUUGUACGGGAGGUGUUGCUUAUGGGACCGCCAUGCUAGGACUUCCAGCUGUCAGCAUCUUCCUUGUGGCGUUCUUUUCUUACUUUUAUCAACAUGACACCCAAUCACCAUGGAAGGACCUUAAAGCCUACUUCAAGUCUAAACAGCCAUGUUCUUACCCCCCGAGAAGCAGAAACUGGGAAAURCACUCGGGCGUUUUUCAUCAGUGCACCGAGUGCCAAGGAAGAUGRUAUAAAAUCAAGAUUACCAUAUCGUUCUUUGUCUCCUUCGUAUACCCGAUGCUCUGGCUCGCACUGGGGUUUCGUAAGUCGACGUAUUACGCAUGCGCGCGCGUAGGCCCCAGCCCUCGUGGCAUCCUAUAUUAUUGUGACAACUUGAGCCCACCUGACUCGUACGAAAAGAAUUACAAUUUGGCUAUUUACAAGUCUCUUCUUGUUGGCAACGUCUUGCUGGUUGUCGUGAUUGUUUUAGCAUCGGCACUCUUCAUUACUUAUCGCGUAAUAAAAAGUAAAAUAUUGGAGAGUGAUGACGUACAAAUCGAAGAUAACUACGAUCAAGAAAGGCCUCCGCAGGCUCCCAUCAACAACUCCGGCCAUAGCAACGAGGGAGUGGUCAUUCCUGGUUCUCAUGAUCAAAUGUCAAGUCCCAUCACGCGUUCCACCGAAGGACCAUCGCCUGCGUCCGGAAUGGGCUACGAGGGCUUUCGGGAAAGAACAGGGGAUAUGAGCCGCGGAAGAGCUUCAUCAAGAGAUGUGCAGCCUUUGAUUAAAGUCGAGGACUAGAACAAGACAUCUAAGACAUCUACCAAGCGUAACAACGCAAUAGAAUUACUAGGAAUGGACCUUAGGGGAGGGAAGGAGGGGGGUGGGAAGGAGGAGGGGAAGCAAAGGGAAGAAGGGACCGCUUCUUCUUCCUUCUUCUUCCUUUACCUUAAAUAACCUCAAUCCUUUCCAUCAAUUUUAACCAGGCUCAGCCAAGAUUGAUUACUGCACGUUGUAAACCAUUUGUGAUCAAGGCUUCGCCUUUAUCAUAGAUUAUACUAAUCUCAGUACACCCAUUUUCAAGUAGCUAGUUGUUUGAAAGUGUUGCAUAGUAUGAAAAGKGUACAAGUUUGUAGAGUCAUUCUUAUGACAUUCGCAUCGAAAUCGAAAAGCGGUUACAUGCAAUUUAGACAUAAAUAGUUUUCUCUGAUGCAUAAAAUUAAAAGGAUUUAUCAAUAUUUUGGAUAGCAUUUUUUUUAUUUCCUCUGAAAUACGAGACUCUCGGCGAGGAACUAACAUGGCAUGGUAUGAUGCUAUGUCCAAGCAUUGGAGGGCUUGUGCGAUGUGAUUGGCUCAAAGGAUGUCAUUCAUCAGCACGUAUAAACCGUGCCAUGACUGUAAUUUCAUAUACGAGGGAGAAAAACUGAAAUAGCAUUAAUUGUGUCUGAAAUAGGUAGCGUAAGUUAGUUUAAAGUAACCUUAGUGAUGUAUUUACAUUCGCCAUUCAAAUACUAGAAUAAAACUUCAGCUUUUACUGGGA